AUAAUAACCGAUUAUAUUUAUUGCCUGAUUGAGACGAAUCGUACAUGUCGCGGUAAUCUUAAAUAUCACACAUUGCAAACUUUGCUUCACCGACAACGUCGCGAAUUCUCAUGCAGUUCAUUCCCGGAAACGAUGAAGCCCAGUAAUUAUGUACCCAUUGGAUGUGCAUUUCCGAUUGAUACUGCUCCGAACGCAAUGCAACGUUAUUGUGCGCUUUUUGGAUCGCGACAUUUGCGCACACUAAAUGGACAUUUUGUAACAUGCGCCCAUAGUGGUGCUUAUCCAUUGAUAAACAACAAACAUUUGCUAAUACAAAUUACUCAUUCAUUCCUUGGGAGUGCUACCACUGCUAUUUCUAAAAUUACUGUAAUAGUAAAAGAAAAUGAACGUUGUACAUCACGUAAACAAUAUGAAGUAGGAUCAGAAGAUGAGGAAUUACCAAAUUCGUUUACGGAUGGUAGCAUAUUUGUUGGUAAUUCAGGACGAAAAGCGGUCGAAAUUAAAUUAUUAAAUCGAACUUAUGUUGAAAUUAUGUUACGCUAUAUAGCCACAACGAUUUAUAUUCGACGACAUGGUGCAUAUUUGUCGGUUGCAUUGAGGAUACCUGAACGAAUCGUCCAGGAGCAAACAGAUAAUGAAUUUGACAUUUGUACAUCGGGUUGUAGUCGUAGUGAUAUGGUGAAACUCGAAGAAGCAUUAGCGAAUCCAAUUUCAUUUACCAGAUGUCAUGGAGUUCACGUGAAAAUCCCUUUAAAAAUUGCAAUUGAGCGAUGCAGUCGUGCAAACAUAACAGAUGCAUUUUUUGAUGCAUGCGUUUUUGAUUUUCUAAUUAGUGGCGAUGAAAUGUUUAUUGCGCAAAUUGCUGAUGCGCAAUAUGACAUUAUCAAUUUAUACUCACCCUAUAUACGUCAUUAUUUUACGGGUAGACAAAAUUUGACGUUAUACGAUUCGAAAGCUGGCUAUAAAUGGAAGCAAUGUACCCGAGAAUCAUCCCUCAAUUUGGAGGAACAAAUAUCCGGUUCAACAAAUUUGCAACAACAAUGCAACAUAAAUGGAUUAGUAACAUUAUUGCUCUUUUUCAUUAUAUUUACAUACAAGAUUUAA